CCGCGGCGGCGGCGGCGGCGAUCGCGGGGCGGUGCGGCCGGGGGCCGGAGCGGAGCCGGAGCCGGAGCCGGAGCCGCUAGCCGGAGCCGGAGCCGCGAGCCGGGCUGUCCGGUCGCCCGCGGGAGCUCGCGGCGCGCCGGGGUUGGGACCCGCCUGGCCGAGCGCGCCGGCGCCGCGACCGCAGACAAAGGCGUCUCUCGCGCCCGGGCCGCCGCGCUCUCGGGCUCUGCCUUGGGGGAGCGCUGCCCACAGCAGGAGGGCUGGCCGGGCAGUGCAAAGCCUGGAAUCCCCUGAGCAAGCAGUGUUUCAGCUGGCUGGACAGAUCAAAUAACACUUGGGCUGGUUAACAAAGGACACACAAGUGGGAAGGUGUUGGAAGCUGGAGUGUGGAAAUUUACCCAACGCUAUUUCUUUGACAGGAAAGGAGACAUGGUCUGAAAGAUGCCGCAUUCCUGCAGCCUCUCUGAGUCCAGCCGAACAGAGUCUUGUUCACGGUGGCGUGGAUGAGGGGGGUGACAGAGGAUGCUGCCCCCUCGGAAGCCUCUGGAGGAUCCUGGCGUGGCAGCUGAGUGCCCCUCGGAUUUGGGACUUGAGGUGUAACUUGGUGUAGAGCUCAAGAAAGGUGGUUGGGUUCCUCCGGCUUUCUUCACCAGUGCUCACCAGCCUGAUUUGGGCUAUGAAACCUAGGAGGAGCUGGUAGAAAAGGGAGCUGGCGGAGGUAAAAGAAACCCCUGGAAGCCUCCAGAAUCCAUUGCCGGGAUCCCUUCAUACUGCUCAGGACACAAGAGUUACCAAGCUGCCGGAGGCUGUGACAAAACUGAGCUUUGGACCAUCGUAAAGGAACACAGCUCACUAACAGCUCUACAUUUCAGCCAGAAGGAACCUCUUUCAACAAAAGAUUUAAAGGGGAGCGUUUCUGCAUUUUUUACCUUGAGGUCCAUUAUGGUAGAAAACUUUACAUCCACAUAGAUGAUGAGACUGGUUUUUCUUUCCAAGAUGCUACGUUUUAAAAAAGCAUGAGCCAUUCUAAGCUUCGAGGAGAGUUCAGGGUACAGACGAGUUGGCAGACAGCCCUCCCAAUGCAAGUUAAGAAAACCCUCUGAGCCUUCUCCUUCCAUAGCUCAGCAAGCAUGGACAUAUGCCACUCUUGUCUCCAGGGAGCCGGUGGCAGCGACAUCAGCACGAGGAGAGGCAUCCCUCGGCUUUGGGACUUGACAGAAUGAGGUGUGCUGGGGAAGCCGCUACCCGGGACUUGGCCGAUUUUGACCGCCCCUUCACCACACGGGCAGACCCUGACCACUGAGCCAACAAUGGCCGAGAAGGGCGACUGCAUCGCCAGUGUCUAUGGGUAUGACCUUGGUGGGCGCUUCGUUGACUUCCAACCCCUGGGUUUUGGUGUCAAUGGGCUGGUGCUGUCAGCUGUGGACAGCAGGGCCUGCCGGAAGGUGGCUGUGAAGAAGAUCACUCUGAGUGACUCCCGCAGCAUGAAGCAUGCACUCCGGGAGAUCAAGAUCAUCCGGCGCCUGGACCAUGACAACAUCGUGAAGGUGUACGAGGUGCUGGGGCCCAAGGGCACUGACCUGCAGGGCGAGCUGUUCAAGUUCAGCGUGGCCUACAUUGUCCAGGAGUACAUGGAGACCGACCUGGCACGCCUGUUGGAGCAGGGCACACUGACAGAGGAACACGCGAAGCUGUUCAUGUACCAGCUGCUCCGAGGGCUCAAGUACAUCCACUCCGCCAACGUGCUGCACAGGGACCUGAAGCCCGCCAACAUCUUCAUUAGCACGGAGGACCUCGUGCUCAAGAUCGGGGAUUUCGGGUUGGCGAGGAUCGUUGACCAGCAUUAUUCACACAAGGGUUAUCUGUCGGAAGGGUUGGUAACUAAGUGGUACCGCUCACCACGCCUGCUCCUCUCCCCGAACAACUACACCAAGGCCAUCGACAUGUGGGCCGCCGGCUGCAUCCUGGCCGAGAUGCUCACGGGGAGAAUGCUCUUUGCCGGGGCCCACGAGCUGGAGCAGAUGCAGCUCAUCCUGGAGACCAUCCCCGUGAUCCGGGAGGAGGACAAAGACGAGCUGCUCAAGGUGAUGCCUUCCUUCGUCAGCAGCACCUGGGAGGUGAAGCGGCCGCUGCGCAAGCUGCUGCCGGAAGUGAACAGCGAAGCCAUUGACUUUCUAGAGAAGAUCCUGACCUUUAACCCCAUGGAUCGCCUAACAGCAGAGAUGGGGCUGCAGCAUCCCUACAUGAGCCCAUACUCGUGCCCCGAGGACGAGCCCACCUCACAGCACCCCUUCCGCAUCGAAGAUGAGAUCGACGACAUCCUGCUGAUGGCCGCCAACCAGAGCCAGCUCUCCAACUGGGACAGGUACCCUGUGAGCCUGUCAUCGGACCUGGAGUGGAGGCCGGACAGGUGUCAGGACGCCAGCGAGGUACAGCGCGACCCGCGCGCGGGCUCCGCGCCGCUGGCUGAGGACGUGCAGGUGGAUCCGCGCAAGGACUCGCAGAGCAGCUCCGAGCGCUUUCUGGAGCGCUCGCACUCGUCCAUGGAGCGCGCCUUCGAGGCCGACUGCGGCCGCUCCUGCGACUACAAAGUGGGCUCGCCGUCCUACCUGGAUAAGCUGCUGUGGCGCGACAACAAGCCGCACCACUACUCGGAGCCCAAGCUCAUUCUGGACCUGUCGCACUGGAAGCAGGCGGCCGGGGCGCCCCCCAGUGCCGCGGUGGCCGCAGACGCCGGGCCACGCGAAGACGAGCCGGCCAGCCUCUUCCUGGAGAUCGCGCAGUGGGUCAAGAGCACGCAGGUCGGCCCCGAGCGCGCCAGCCCACCUCCCGACAGCCCCGAGCGCCGCCUGUCUGCCUCUCCACCGGGCCACCCCGCGCCCAUCGACGGGGGCGGGAGCCCCCAGUUCGACCUGGACGUGUUCAUCUCCCGCGCCCUGAAGCUCUGCACCAACCCGGAGGACCUGCCAGACAAUAAACUGGGUGACCUCAAUGGUGGGUGCAUCUCUGAGCACCCUGGCGAUCUUGUGCAGACAGAGGCCUUCUCCAAAGAAAGGUGGUGAGGGGGAAAGGAGCUCCAGGCCCCCUAGAGGAGGCCCCCCCCGGGAAGCCGGGCUUGGCAGGAAGGGGUGCCUCCCUGGCACCUCCACUGCCCCUUCCAACCCUCUCUGCUGCCUUGGGGUUAGCAGAACACAGGAAGGAUCCGAGGAGGGAGAAGAAUGUCCAUUUCUUAAACUGCCUUAAUAACUAGCCUUUAACCUCUGGGAGCAGGUUUGAACAGGAGCCUAGUUUGGGGGUUGAUCACUUUCCCAGCAAAGAGGGGGCCCUUCGUUUUAUAAGUGGCGGUGUGUGGGGAAGAAAGGUGUCUUAAAGGGCAGUCGACAAGCCCUACCACCUGGCUGGGUUCCGAGGAAUGUUGCUGGUAUAGUGUUGAAAUGAUCUGGCCUAACAGACGAAGGACAGUGAGGCCCAGAGACACCCAGUGAUGUGGUUAUGAUUAGGGCCUAGUCUGUGUCAGGGCAAGCCUCGAAGCCCAGUCUUCAAGCCUUGAAGCCUAGGCCACUGUCUUCCUCGGCUGGGGUUCCCUCUGGCUUUCCAAUCAGAAAACUUAGUCCAAGAUGUUUCUUCCCUGCCCAUUACCAUCUGACCUAGUCGAUCGUUCAUUCAGAGCAAUGUUUCUUAUAUUCCAAAAUUGGAAACUGAGCCAGUUUUACCCUAGUCACCAACCAUAUAUUUUCUGGUUCCUCGAGGACUUAAAUAUUCCCAUCUGCCACGCCCCUGUAUUUGCCUCACCCCUGUGUGAUCUGAAAACCUUGUUUCAGAUCAGACCAGUUUGGGGUCUGUAGGUACGAGAACUCAUCUUCCGUACCUGUGCUCACACCUCCUCCAGAACUCCCUAUGCACUCUCCUGACACACGCACGGAUGCAAGGUCACAGCCCCAGUUCCUAGAGGCUGUCAUUCACAGGUGAGUUUGAAGACGAAAGUUCCACGAAUCCCUCCAGCCACAUAUCCACCCACAUACCCCGAACCCACCGGCAGACAUAUACAGAACUCCUCUCCCAGCCUACCCUGGAAACUCAUGUUCUUGGCAUGAAUUGCUCAUUUGGAGGAAACAAGGCGAUGAGGUGCCUGCCAUCGAGCGAAUGUGUUAGGAGAGAAGAUUUCACAUGGGACCUAUCAUGUUUCAUUAAUACUGCCCUUGAUUUUGAUCAUCCGUUUAGCCUUGGCAAAGAGCAGGCCCUAAAGAAAUGCAGGGAAAGCAAGUGGCCUUGGGGACAAGGAAUCCAGAAAGGACGUGAAAGGCAACGUGCCAACAGCGGAGGUCCUCGGGAGUCGGGCACCAGCAUAGAGACCCCGAGACACAGGAAGGGCUUCAAAGCAACCAGGCCGCUCCUAGUGUAGGCCAGGAUGAGUUUGGACGAUGCCCACCUGGAGGUGUACUCCCACGCAGGGCCUGGGGUGAUGGUGUGCAGGCACAGCGAGCCCUCUGAGGAAGCCUAGUCCAUUCCCUAGAAUGCUCUGCUAUUCCCACCACUGGUAUUCUGCCUCCCCCCAGGAACCCGCCCCCCAAAGUUACCCACAGGAAGUCUAGCCAGUCUGGAAGACUCCCCCGCAUUGGCCUUGGUCUGUGCUCACCCUCACCUCAACAGCACCUUAAAUCUAUCAGCUAACUAGGAGUUGUACAUUGAAACCUGCAACAUGUUAGAAGCUUAUAUUUAAAAACAGAAUUAAUCACACUGACCAAUUUUUAAAUGGAAAAAAUGUAAAUACGAAGUGUUUGGGUUUCUUUCUGUUUUGUUUUGUUUUUUUUUUUUGUGAAAGAAAAGGAAAUAUACACCACUUCUCAUGUGCCAUUUGUCCUCAGAGAGUGGCUUUACUUUUUUUGGUAAAGGAACAAGCUGCUUACCUUGACCAGGAGUUCAUAAUAAUUGUUAUUAUAGAGGAAUUGUUAUAACUACUCAUGUUUUAAAAAUAUCUAUUAAACUUGAUCAGGACGGGCCAAAUAAAGUUUUAUUGGAACACA